UAUAAUUAUAUUUUUACUUAUAAAAUGUCUAAAAUUCCUUACGAAAAUUUAAAUUUUUCUAGUUCUGAUAGCGAAGAAGAUAAUCUAACAGUAAUAGAAGAGUUAGAAAUGGAAGACGAAGAGUUUGAGGCAGUACAGAACUCGGGGAAAUUGAUUGGGAAAUCUAAUGAAGAAAAUAAAAAUAUUGACUCUAAAACGGAAGUAGAAAACUCUGCUACUAAUAAAGUAUUAGAGACACGUAGUAUAGAUUCGAUAUCCUCUUCACAAAAAUCGGAAAAUAGAAUGAAUCUCUUCUGUGUUGCAUCAACUUCUAAACAGCCUGUUGUAAACACUGCGGAAGCUCAAAUUAUUUGGCCACCCUUCCUUACUUCGGGUAAUAACGUUCAAAAUAAUGAUGACAGAACUGUCACUUUCAGUAAUUUUUAUGAAGUUCAAAGAGAUAGAUCUAUCCAAUGCCGAAGUAGAGAAUUUUAUCCUGUACAACGUAGAUAUAGACCUUCUGCACAAUAUUCUAGAAUAAGAGAUAAAGAUAAGAAUUUAAGUAUCAGGACACUUAGAUUAAAAUUAAGCAACGUUUUGCGAAAGCAAGCUGAAAUAGGAAAUGCUAAUACACAAUUAUCUCGAGAGAUGGAGCGUAUGUAUGAAGAAUUUAAAAAUUAUCAACAAGAAGUUAACGAACAACAAAGAAUUCUGACUCAACAAAUAUCCGAGUUAAAAGAGAAGAACAUUUCAGAGAUUCAGAAACAGUAUUUGAACCUUCGUCGAGAGAUGCACUUUAAAAUCCGAGUUUUACAGCAACAAGUAGAUAAGAAAAUUGAAGUAAUUAACGAUAAAAAAGAGUCGGCAGUAGUGGAAAAUUAUAAUCUUUUAAAUGAAAUUAAAACUUUGAAAGACGAAAAUAAAAAUUUGCAUAACGCAUUAAAUUCUGAACGUCAGAAAUUGAAAAGAAGUAGACAACUGCAAAUCCACCGAGAUGACCUUCAAGCAUCUUUGGAAGAACGAAGUUCAAGAUCUAAAAAUAGGCAACAAAAUGUGAACAAAAAUUUUAUAAAAUUAAAUAAAAAGGCUAAAUUUAUUAUACCUUUACCGGAUAAAGAAUACUCGUUUUUUGAAACAUCAGGUCAAGGAUCAAGCAAUUCGUUACGAGAUAAUAAUACUAUAAACGAAUUAGAUUCUUUGAAAUUAAAAUACAACGGUGAAGUAAAUUCCCAAAAUAAUUUAUUGAACAAUAAAAAUUAUUUUAAAAUGCCUAAAUUCUCAAACAGAAUAAUAAUUAAUGAAAAUAAGAUUCAAGGAAAAUCAUCCUCUGUCAGUUUUGAAGAAGUGUCAUGGUUAACCGACGAAAAUGAAGUUGGAACAAACUCGGAAGAAAUUAAGAAAAAUAUAUCAAUAAAUCAAGCUAAUUCAGAAAAAAGGAAUGAAAUUACUUCAAAUUCUACGGAUUUAUCUCUUUGGUUCCAUCGAAAAAUGGCAACAGAUAUUUUCAACGAAGUUGCUGAAGGAAAUGCUUCAAAUAAAGAAAUAGAAAAUAAUAAUAGAGCAAACGAUAUGAGCUCAAAGCCCUUACUUAAUGAAACAACAUUGUGGAUAUCCGAAGAAGGAAAUCCUUUGAGUAACAUUUCGAGCAGACAAUCACCUUCCAUCAUAAUACAAGAGACAGCAGAUUCUAUUUAUCAGCAGCAGGACCAAAAUUUAAGCAACGAUAAUGCUGAAGAAAUAAAAAAUUCCGAAUCUCCGAUAUUGAUUCGUCAAUUUCAAAACGAAUGCGUUAAUACCCGUAGAAGAAUAGAGAAUUUUUUUCAACGUUUAAAUCAGAAUCGAGAAUAUUUAUGCCAUUUAACGUUUUGUUUCUCUUUCGUAAUUAUUACCUGUAUAUUGCUAGGUACUUUAAUACCUGUUCCAUGGCGUGUUGCAUAAAUAUACGCAUUGCACUAUGAAAAAAUUAAUAAUAGAGUUUUAUUAGAAAUUAGUC